UGCUGGUUAUAAAUUGCAUAAUAAUAAAAUUAUUUUUUAAAAGAAUAUCUAUGUUUUUACAAUGAACUAUUCUUCGAAAAAUUUAAUCCGAAAAACGUAUGUUAAUAGGACAUUGAAUACCUCCCAAAUGCUCUUCCCCAGACAAAAUACUUCUUGAUUUUGUUAAAUCAAUGGCGCAUUGCUGCUUGAAAAUGACAUUUCUUAGUAACACAAAUUCAACGAAUCAUACGCAGGUUACCUGAAAUCUGUAUCUCUAUCUGUUUUCUUACAUAGAUUUGCUUUAGCUCAACCUGUUACCUGAGUGUGAUUAAAGAGUCUUGAAAAGAAAAGGAGAAAAAUUGCCAUCGGAUUUUUCAUUAAUUUCCUUUUUUUCUUUUCUUGUUUGUUUCACAUUUUCUUGUAAUUUUCCGGCGACCCCAAAGACUUGUGUUGUUUUUUGUUUUUUUGCUUUUUUUUCGAUUCCUUGUUUUUUCCGUCCUUCUUCGAUCUUCCAAUUUCACUAUAUAAUCGGAAAAGCUAUAAUCUUUCUGGUUUAUUGGGCUCCAUUAUUGUGUCAAUUAGCUGAAAGAUACCAUCUUGCUUUUUCUCUUUUGUUCGAUUGUAUAAUAAGUAAAGAAUAAAUCAGUUAAUGGCGAAUGCAUCUGGGAUUUCUACUCCCACAGCGGCCGGCGUGGGGAGGAGAUUUUCGCCGUCGAUAGGCAUUUAUCGAUCUGGGUUUUGGUUCUCUGAGGGCGUGGCCAGGAGAAUAAUGUGCUCCAGCUCUACUCAGAGCGACAAGACGCUCUCCCCUUCUGAUUCGAGAGCUCCUAGGCUCGUAAGCCGAGGCUGCAAGUUAGUUGGAUGUGGGUCUGCUCUACCGAGUCUCCAAAUAUCCAAUAACGACCUCUCGAAAAUUGUCGAUACUAAUGAUGAAUGGAUAUCAGUUCGGACCGGAAUUCAAAAUCGAAGAAUACUUGCUGGGAAAGAUAGUCUAACUGGCCUAGCUGUAGAGGCAUCACAGAAAGCUCUUGAUAUGGCGGGGCUUAGUCCUGAUGACGUGGAUCUCGUGCUAUUGUGUACUUCGACUCCAGAGGACUUGUUUGGCAGUGCCCCACAGAUUCAAAAGGCACUUGGAUGCAAAAACAACCCGUUAGCAUAUGACAUUACUGCUGCCUGCAGUGGUUUCAUUUUGGGCCUAGUUUCAGCAGCUUGCUACAUUAGAGGGGGUGGCUUUAAAAAUGUUUUGGUGAUUGGGGCCGAUGCAUUGUCUCGCUAUGUCGAUUGGACUGAUAGAGGAUCGUGUAUCCUCUUUGGUGAUGCUGCUGGUGCCUUUUUAGUACAGGCAUGUGACAGUGAAGAGGAUGGUUUAUUCGCUUUCGACAUGCACAGUGACGGUGAAGGGCAGAGGCACUUGAAAGCUAAUAUUAAGGAAAAUGAGAAAGAUCACUUAUUGGGCACAAACGGGUCGCUCCUUGGGAUUCUACCGAAAGACACGUCUUACUCGUGCAUCCAAAUGAACGGGAAAGAGGUGUUCCGAUUCGCAGUUCGUGUCGUCCCACAAUCGAUUGCUUUGGCCUUAGAAAAGGCGGGCCUAAGUGGAUCCAAUGUAGAUUGGUUGCUUCUUCACCAGUUACAUGUUGUUUUAACCAUAUACUGCGAUUACAACGCAAACCAAAGAAUCAUUGAUGCUGUAGCCACACGGCUAGAAAUCCCGGGCGAACGAGUGAUAUCCAACCUGGCGAAUUAUGGCAACACGAGCGCUGCAUCGAUCCCUUUGGCAUUGGACGAGGCCGUUAGAAGUGGGAAGGUCAAAAGUGGUCAAACUUUAGCUACUGCAGGUUUUGGGGCCGGGCUCACGUGGGGGUCGGCCAUAAUCAGAUGGGGAUGAUUGAUUUAGUCGUUUUUUCGGUUUUCCUGUUUUGGAUUCAUGUAGAUUGUAAUUUUUUUUUUGAAUUAUUUAUUAUUCUUUUUCUUUGGUCGUUGGCAAUGGAAUGCAUAAAAUGUAUGAUGAACUUUGGUUUUACUUGCAUGCAAUUUUCAGUUGGCCUGAGCACGGAAAUGCCAC